AGGCUGGACAACGGUGCUUGGGCCCCGUGGUGACUGCUACUGGCUGCCGCCCGGGGUGCAGCGGCGGCGGCCGUGGCAGAACCGGCGGGACUACUUCGACUCCAAGCUGCAGGUGAUUCGACACCUGCGGGAUAAGGGGCACAUGGUGGUCGAGGUGGGGGAGGAGUCUCAACUCCCCGAAAAGGCCAAGAAGGAGCAGCCUAAGGCGGCCAGCCCAGCGCCUAAGAAGCGAGGCAGGCCGCCGGCGCCGAAGGCGGCGGAGACGCCGCCCAAAAGGCCGAGGCUGGAGGACUGGGGCACGCUUUGGACGCGGCUGGAAUCCAAGGGCUGGCGCCUGGAGGUGGUGGGCCAGCGGCAAGACAGGUACUACUUACCGCCCGGGGUUGAGAGAGGCCCUGGGAAGAAGAAUCGCGUGGAUUACUUCGACUCGAAGAAGCAGGUCUUGCAGCAGCUUGGCGGGCAGUGACGCCAGUCGUCAUGC